UGUUCAUGCAUUCAUUCAAGUUUUUUUCACUGUUCCUCCUAGAUCAAUCAACAUAUAUCAUAUAUGGUCAUGGAUGUUCACCACUACUACCCUUUCUCUGUUUACUUCAUUGCUUCCAUUCUCUUUGUUUUCUUCAUCUUAUACAAAUUACUUCAAAGCUGGAGUUCAAACAACUCCUCUACCAAUUUACCUCCAGGACCUGCGACACUGCCUCUCAUAGGGAACUUGCAUCAGUUGUUAGGUUCAUUGCCACAUCGCUCUUUAAAACUUUUGGCAGAUAAGUACGGACCGUUAAUGCACCUGAAACUAGGAGAGGUAUCCAACAUCAUAGUCACUUCACCGGAGAUAGCCCAAGAGGUUCUGAAAACACAUGAUGUUAAUUUUUCUGAUAGGCCAAACCUUACAUCGGGUAGAGCAAUUUCUUACAACAAUACCAGCAUAGUCUUCUCUCCAUAUGGAGAAUAUUGGAGACUAGUACGAAAGAUAUGCACAGUGGAGCUACUAACCACAAAGCGAGUGCAAUCUUUUCGGUCCAUAAGGGAAGAGGAGGUGGCAGAAGUGGUUAAGAAAAUAGCUGCAAGUGAAGGCUGUGCCGUUAAUCUCACCCAGAACAUUUUCCCGAUGACUUACGGAAUAGCCGCACGAGUACCCAGCCGGUUUGGACAAGAUUGCGUGAAGCCAAGGCGAGGUUGUAGUAGCUUGUACACGAGGAGCGUCCGGAGGUUUGGGGAGAGUCGUAUUGUAGUGGUUAGAGAAGUUCAUUCGGAACAAUAG